GGGGAAAGUGAUGGGAGGGAGCGAAUGAAUAUGCAUUGCAUGCACAUGGGGAAAGGCCACCUAGUAGUCCUUUUCAGGCUGAUGAUGGUGGGAAAUCGCCAUUUUCUAGUUUUAGAUUAGAUCAGAUGCCUCUUGCUGCUACUGUUUACCCUUUUCCUCUUCCUCUUCUUCUUCUUCUCUCUUGAUCUCUCUCGCUCGCUCGCUCGAUUGAUCGAUUGAAAAUGGAGUUGUUCUACUACGUGGUAUUCGCGGGAUUUGGCGCGGUGGUGGCCGCUCUGGAGCUCACCAAGACGGCCAGAGAUCGAAUCAACACUUCCACUGCUUUCAAUUCCUUCAAAAACAACUACCUCCUUGUCUACUCUCUCAUGAUGGCUGGUGAUUGGUUACAGGGACCGUAUGUCUACUACCUUUACAGUCAGUAUGGUUUUGGCAAGGGGGAGAUAGGGCAGCUGUUUAUUGCUGGUUUUGGAUCCUCUAUGUUGUUUGGAACAAUUGUUGGAUCGCUGGCUGACAAACAAGGUCGUAAAAGGGCAUGUAUCACUUACUGCAUAACAUACAUUCUGAGCUGCGUCACCAAACAUUCCCCUCAAUACAGAGUCUUAAUGUUGGGACGUAUAUUGGGUGGGAUUGCCACUUCGCUCCUUUUUUCUGCAUUUGAAUCAUGGCUUGUUGCAGAACAUAAUAAGAGGGGGUUUGAUCAACAAUGGUUGUCAUUAACUUUCUCCAAGGCCAUAUUUCUUGGCAAUGGCUUAGUUGCCAUUUUAUCGGGGUUGUUUGGGAAUCUACUAGUGGAUGCAUUUGGCUUUGGCCCUGUAGCUCCAUUUGAUGCUGCUGCAUGCUUUCUUGCAAUUGGCAUGGCAAUUAUAUUGUCAUCUUGGACUGAAAACUAUGGAGACCCUUCAGAAAGCAAGGACUUGCUUACCCAGUUCAAGGGUGCUGCUGUGGCCAUUGCAACUGAUGAGAAAAUUGCUCUGCUUGGUGCGAUACAGUCCUUAUUUGAAGGUUCAAUGUAUACAUUUGUGUUCCUUUGGACCCCUGCUUUGAGUCCAAAUGAAGAAGAGAUUCCACAUGGUUUCAUUUUUGCUAUAUUCAUGUUGGCUUCCAUGCUGGGAAGCUCCAUUGCAUCUCGACUGAUGGCCCACUCAUCCCUCAGAGUUGAAAGCUACAUGCAGAUUGUCUUUGCAAUCUCUGCUGCCUCACUGUUCAUACCUGUUAUAACAAAUUUCUUGGUGCCACCCUCUAAUGUGAAAGGUGGAAGCAUCUCAUUCUCAGGAUGUAUCCAGCUUGUUGGCUUUUGUGUUUUUGAGGGCUGUGUCGGGAUAUUUUGGCCAUCUAUCAUGAAGAUGAGAUCCCAAUAUAUUCCUGAGGAAGCGCGAAGUACAAUAAUGAACUUUUUCCGCAUUCCUCUAAACAUGUUUGUGUGCAUUGUGCUGUACAAUGUCAACGCAUUUCCCAUCACAGUAAUGUUUGGAAUGUGUUCUAUCUUCCUUUUCGUGGCAUCUAUCCUGCAAAGGCGCCUCUUGGUGAUUUCAGAGAGCCAAAAAUCAAACUGGACAGCACACAGGGAGAGGGAAAUGGAGGCAGAGCCACUGAAUAUCUGAUGCGUGGCUAUGAAACAUUCUGGGAACAAAAGCAUGUGAAAGACGACUACCUUCUUUUGCUGAAUGUUGGAUCAGAAUUGUUUUGGGCUCCAUUGGCUGCGGUAUGAGGAAAGAGGAUCAAGCUAUUUGUAAACAACCGAGAAAAUUCGAUUAUGUUUGCAAAGAAGAAAAUUAGUUUGUAGGAGAAGGAUGAAAGCUAUGCUUUAGACUAGUGUCUUUUUCCAUUGCUGUAACUGGUGUAGCAUUAAUGCAUGAUGGGGUCACCCCUUAUUGAUGCCAAUUCUAGGGUUUGAUAUUCUUUCUCUACAUCCAUUAUCUAUCUAUCUAUCUAUAAAUAUAUAUAUAUAUGUACUUGAAAACUUGGUAUUAAUCCAAGUCCUUGUGAAGGUUUCACACCUUCCUUGUCAA